AUGUGCCAUGACCCUAUUUGUGUUGUCACUGAUCAAGAUCCAGCUGUCAAGGUUGCUGUUGCUCGUGUGUUUGGUACAUCAAAACAUAGAUUUUGCAUGUGGCAUAUAAUGUGCAAGGUUGGUGAGAAGGUUGGUUCGGUUUUGUCUAAAGAUGAGGUGUUUCGGAGGAAGUUGAAUGGCAUUGUUUGGAACAAAUCUCUUGACUCCAAGGCUUUUGAGGAUGCAUGGAGUCAUAUUAUGGAGGAAUAUGGUUUGGGUGAUAAUGGUUGGUUUCGAUAUUUGUUCGAGUCUCUUACAUUUUGGGCAUCUCCAUAUUUUCAUGACGAGUUUAUGUCGGGCUUGGUUAGGACAACUUCUCGAUCAGAAUCUCAAAAUAGUUUUUUUGGCAGUUUCUCUAAUGGUCAUUCUAGUUUGGUUGAGUUUUUGGUGCAUUUUGGCAGUGCUAUUGGUGCACAACGUCAUACUCAAGCAAAACUAAAUGCUGAUUGUGAAUCUUGUUUUCCUGUUUUGAAGACACCAUUGGCUUUGGAAAAGCAUGCAAUGGAUGUUUACACCAUUUCUGUAUUUUAUGAUGUUCAAGUAGAGAUUUGUGUAGCUUGCUUUUCGUGUCGAGUGGCAUCUUUGUGCGAUUGUGAUGGUCAUGUGUCUUAUGUGAUAAAAGAUGGUGACCAGCGGCCAUGGUGUGUGGAGCUUGUUUUGUCUGAUUAUACUGCUACUUAUCGUGGUCUUGAGAGCAUUCCUUCGAGGUAUUUGGUGGAUCGGUGGACAAAAGGUGCUUGUUUGAAGCCAAUAUUUGAUAUUGAUGAUACAAUUGUUAAUCAAUCUUCUAAAGUGGAGAAUGUUAGGGUGCUUACUAAUAUACUGUGGUCUGACAUAUAUGCUUGUGUUGGACUGUCCGAUGGUAAUAUAGAACGUUUGUUACAGCUACGACGUGUUAUUUGUGAGCAAAGGCAAUUAUUUUUACAAGACGGUAGUGAGAAUGGCAGUGGGGAGUCGACAGUGGAGGUGCGUGAUCCUAUCCAAGCUAAGAACAAGGGCAGUGGCAAGCGAUUGAAGAGUGCAAGGGAGAAAGCUGCCUAUAAGUGUGUAAAACAAUCAAGAAAAUGUCAUACCUGUGAUGAAUAUGGGCACAAUAGUAGGACAUGCCCUUUAAAUGGUUAG